AUGUUCCUCCCGUUCCGCAACAUCUCGACAAAGCAAAGCGUGGCAGCCAUGGGGCUUUGCGUCGGCCUCGCGUACUUGUCAAAGUACCUCGACCGAUUGAUCGAGCAAGACGCGGCGGUCGCGUCGAAGACCAAGGGCACGGUGGCGUGGAGUUCGUUUGAAAAGUAA